ACAUAAAACAAACCAAAACAAAACAAAAACACAACGCAACAAAACAAAAGUUAAAAGAGAUUUAUAAUAAGUAUUGGGAUAUAUCCAUUCUGCUAAAACUUGUAGCUAAUUUGCCAAGUCUUAUUUCAUUGUAUUUGUACGUUUGCUCUUAUAAAAAAAAUGUUUCAAAAUCACAAUGAGAUAUCACUUAACACCAACUGGAAUGGCUAUUACUAAAGAAACAAAAAAUAACAAGUGUUGGUGUGUUGGUGAGAAUGUGGAGAAAUUAAAACUCCCGUACACAGCUGAUGGUAAUGAAAAAUGGUGCUGCUUCUGGGGGAAACUAGGGAAGUUCUUCAAAAAACAAAAAAGAAAAUUACCUUAUGAUUCGGCAAUUCUACUUCUGGGUAUAUGCUGCAAAGAAUGGAAAGCAAGAACUCCAAGAGACAUUUGCCCUCCCUCAUUCACAGCAGCAUCAUUCACAAUGGCCAAAAGGUGGGAACUAACCCAAGUGUCCGUGGACAGAUGAAUGGGUAAACCAAACGUAGUAAAUACACACAAUGAGGUCUUAUUCAGCCUUAAAAGGGAAGGAAAUUCUGCUACAUGCUACAAUAUGGAUGAACCUGGAAGAUGUUAAGUGAAAUAAGCCAGUCACAAAAGGAUGAGUAUUGUGUGAUUCCACUAACAUGGGGUUCCUAGAGUAGUGAGAUUCACAGAGACAGAAAGUAGAAUGGCAGUUGCCAAGGGCUGGGGGCAGGGGAACGUGGGAAUUAAAAUUAUUACUUAAUGAGUAGCGAGUUUCAGAUCUGUAAGAUGAAAAAGGUCUGAAGAUGGAUGAUGGUGAUGGUUGCACAACAACGUAAAUGUACUUAAUGCCCCUGAACUAUACACAUAAAAGGGUAAAAAUGGUAAAUUAUAUGUCAUAUAUAUUUUACUACUAUAAAAAAGUGUUUUGAACAUCUGACAUCGUGUUCUACCUCCAUAACAUUCGUGACGGGGGAAGAACAGGUAUUCUAAUCUGUGUAUAAACACAGGAAGACAGAUAGAAGGCCUCAGCCCUCUAACAGCUUUGAGCAUGGACUGGUGAGAUCUAUCAUCUUCCCCUGGAAUAAACCACCUGCCCAGCUACCUCCGGAUGCCUCACCCUUUGCUUGGAGGUGUAAAGAUAAGUCCCCCAUAGUGUUCAAAUCCAGGGCCAAUGGCAGCUGCGGGGUCCCAGGAGAAGGGGUUUGGGCCUUACUGGCACCUCUCUGCCCUUCUCCUGCUUUCACAUCUGGCCAGGGACACUCCCGUUCUGCUAACUUCUCAGACUCCACCCAGUGCCCCUGACCCAACAGGAGUGCAUGGUGGCGAUUACCUCCCAUGACCACUGGCCCUCACAGUGGCUGGGAAUCCUGGUGGGGAGGCCUGCACCUCCUCAAGCUCCAGCCCCCUCUGGAUGGGCGAGUCCCUCGGUGCUUCUGUCCUGUGUCCAGUUUCCUUUGUCCUCUCCAGAGGUCCCUCCUGCGCUUCACCACUGGUGAUGCCCCUCCAAAUAGCAGCUCCCAAUCCCCAGGACAGCUCUUCAGGACACAACCCCUUCCUCCCAGGAGACCCGCAGGUUUCAGCUCUCCUGGGGCCACGGCUGGACCAAGUCCUCAAUUGCUUCCUUGCCAUUAUCCUCUUUGAACUCCCUCUCUCUCCUCUAAAAGCCCCUCUGGCUGCAGACUCCUUAAUUCCGUAGCUGCUCCUUUCCAAAAGCAGGUGCGCCUGCCCCGGGCCUCUUCGGACUUUCCAUCACAGGCCAAAGGAAAACCAGCGAGAGCUCGCAGGACACCGGGGCCGUAUUCAGACAGGCGCAAAACGACCCUUCCUCUUCUGUGCGCCUUAGGGAACGCCUGAAGGCAGGCAAGCCUGGGGCUCAGGGGAGGGUUCCUGAGCGGGCAGUCAGGGCUGCCCCCAGGCCCUGGCAAGGAGGUUUUCCGAGGCUCUGCAGUUCUCGAGUGUGUGUGUAUGUUUUUGGUGGUGGUAAUUGGGAGGCAGGGGGUCAAGACCUGGAGUGCAGAGAGUGAGAGAGAGGACCUCCUCCGCCCAUCCUGGGCUCCUGGUUGAUCCUAACCUCCACCCAGCGUCAACUUUUUGCUGCUCCCGUUAGAUGGCGCCCAAGACUUUCUAACCACUUGUGAAAGUGCUCCUGGUCUGGAACAAAAAGAACCGUGGGGUGUGAAUAUGAAUGUGUGUGAGUGCGAGUGCGCGCGCGGGGCUGGGCACAGGGCACGGGAGCCGCCUGGCAUUACGCUUGGCCCCGUCGCGGGUCGGCCCGGCCCAGGGCUGGAGCGCGCUCACGGGAGGAGCUGCGCGGCCGGCGGAGAACUUCCUUCUUUUCCCUUCCCUCUCCCUCUUGGGCUCGCGCCUAGGCCCUGGCCACUCUACCGGAGAGAAGCCGGGCAACCCGGCCGCGGGCUCAAGCAGCCAGCGCUGGCUGCAAGUGACCGCGGUGCGCGGGCGGAAAGGGGUCCCGGACGUGCGGGUUGGAGAGCUGGGACGCACACGACAGCCCCUUUCUCCGCCCUUACCGCCCCAGCGCUCACAGCAGCUGCUCUGUUUUUUAAGAGAAUGGGGCAGGUGCAGGUUUGGUUGUAGCGGUUUUCGCCGCUCCAAGGCAAUCGUUCAGUGUAAAGUUUUCUAAGCGUACUGCGUGGGCGUGUUUCCAGAAACACAGGGCAAACUUUCUCGCUCCCAAAGCCAAUUACAUUAAACAGACUCUCUUAUGAAAAGGCCCUUGGGGACCCUAGGGCGUCAGAUGCGACAGCUAAUUUUAAAAUAAUGGGUGAUUAGGGAGCGCGCUUUCUCUCCAGCACCAAGUUCACCUCUUCUCCCAACCCCUCUAAAAUAAGUGACUUGACGAUAGCUGAUCUCAUCCCCUAGUCCUCUCCUUAAUGCCAGUCUGGACGCGCACUGUCCAGGAGAAGGGAUGCGUCUCCUCUCCCUCGAAAACCAGCGCGGAGACCUUCUUUUGUGCCUCUCCUCGGCUGUGAACUUUCCUGCGCGGUAGGUUCUCCUUUAAGAAAGUAGCAUCCCUAUGAAUAUUUAAUGCCGUGCGCGGGCCAGCGGGGCGGAGGGGAGCCCACGGUCCGGGUUUCCGCGCGCGCCGAGACCCGGGCGCAGAGCGAGGGCGUCCCCACCAGCCUGACCGCCGCGGGAACUCGGGGACGGGGAGGGCGGGGGUUAGCGGGAGGAAAGGGUAGACUGAAGAGGAGCUGGGAACGGGAGGGGGGCUCGGGGCGAACGGGCCGUCGCGUUCAUUUCCAUAAGAAAGCUGAAAUCGCAGUUGGAAGCAGGAUUUCUCGCCCCUGCGGCCCUUCCCCCAUACCCGGUUUUCUGCAAGAAGCGGGCUCCGGAGCUCAGAACCCGAAGUGUGUGCUCUGGUCUUUGAUGAUGUUGAUAAAAUGUGGUUUCAAAUGUUGUCCCGAAGAGGCCGGUUUCCUGUCUGUGUGUGGAAUGGAAGGACCGUGCCGGGUGAGUCCAGAGCAGCGGGGAGCGGACAGGAGGCUCAGGGCAUAGGAGAGGGAGGGCGCAGCCGGUGGGCGCAGGGCAUCCCUGCAGGGGAAGUUCUUGGGGGGGCGGUGUUUGAAAAGGGAAGCCAGGUUGAAACCAAGUUUCCCGAGUAAGGAAGAUUGUGUGUGUGUGUGUGUGUGUGUGUGUGUGUGUGUGUGUGUGUUUGGGGGUGGGGAACACGAUGAGGGAAGAGGUCACGAAAGCCCCAGAACCCAGGCGGCCCGCGCAUGGGAAGGUCUGGCAGGUCUCAUCACCUCCCUCUUCAAAGAGCGGGGGAAACUUUCGCUGGCAGCUGUUGCCCCUCUUCCUGCGAAGGAAUAAAGUGAACUUGCCCAGAUACUGGAUUCCUCUAGCGGUUCAGUUGUUCAGUUCUUUCUGCGUUCGCAUUGAGCACUGAGUUUCUUUUUGACUUGCAGUGUGAACAGCAGCCAUGUGACCUCAAUUCUAUAUGAUACACACACACACACACACACACACACAUCCCUCCUAGGUACUUUAUGAUCCCAUCUGGAGAAAUUAAAACCCAGAUCUGGAAUGUUUAUUCUUAGAUAGUUUACCAAAAGCAGGGGGGAAAUGUGUGAGACACAUGUCUGCGAAUAUAACAAAAGUACUUUCCCUUGUGCUUGAAAAGUUGCCUGCAAAUGGCUGGCUUCCGUUUACUGACUGUACCACCUGUACCUCUCCAGGAAACUAAAUGGAGUCAGGAAUAAAGCACCAAUCAGAUCAAGCAAUUAAAUACCAAUUAUGACUAUUAAUGACUUUAUUACUAAUGACUGGAGUUGAGGACUCCAAACCCGAUUGAGGUAAUCAAGCUGUUUUAAAAUUCUGCUGCCUAACAUUUUUACCGCACUCCUUCCCCAAAAUAGGAGGUUAAAAAAGACAGAGGUUAUAUUUUCAAAGAGUUCUCCAGUAGGUAUUCAUGGUCAAUGUUGAACUUAUUUUUCUCAGUAAAGGGUAUUGCUACUGCUGGUAAAUAAUGGAGUCUUCCUUUCUGGCUCUGCCAAGUUAUGCAAAGUGUAAUUGAUGAUGGUGGUUACACAAUAUAUGGUACUUGGUUUGGAUGCAGAACUGGGAUGGGGCAGGGGUGCUUUCUCUCUUCAGUUACUCUGACAAUCUGGCAGACCCUGGAAGAUUUUAAGGAACAAGUGUUUUAAUUCUUCAGAUAGGGUAAUGGCUAUUGGGAUGUUUCGAAGGUGAGGAAAUGAAGAAUGGGGAAUCCAGACAGCAAGGAGAAAGAAGGAAUUAGGCCUAUGUUUUGAAUUUUCUUUUUGCUCAUGGGUUGAAAUGCCUUUAACUUGUCAUAAGUUACGUGACUGAAAAGAAAAGGUUACUGAGACCAGUAUAUUGGUAUAAAGGCUACUGUGUAGCCGGGUUUAUUACUGAAGAUGAUUUGCCAACCCUCCUUGCCUCUUGACUGAUACCCCUUCUUAUCCCACAUGGAAGUCCCGUUCAUUCUGGGAUAGGAGGAGAAGGCCUGGAGGGAGGAAGGGAAUAAAUUCCUGCUGGAGUCCAUGAGAAGAAAGGAGGGGGCAGUUAGUAGGAAUUCUUUAGUCACCAUGAAGCAGGCAGGGGGCAGCUGAGCUCUUGGAGGAGCCAGCAGCUCAUCUUGAUAUAGGUCAUCUCUGCUCAUUGUCCCACAGUUCAGCUCUUCAGGACACAAGAAGUGUUUGGAACAAUGAACUUCAAGUCCCUGGCUGGGGAUCUUUCCCCUUCACCUCCCUCCUAGGUGGAAGCCUACAGCAGCAGCAGCAGCAUCUGGUUCUGAUGUGUUUACCAGGCUGGUAUGGAAAUGCCCAGGCUGCAUGGCAGAAACCUGAGCUGCUAGUGACAAGCACACUCCUCUGCUAAGCAGCGAAAAGUUUUGAUACUUUUUGAGCACUGGGUGGCCUCUUCUCUUGAUGUGAAGCACACGAUCCCCCCUCCCCAUUUCUAUUUGUCAGAGUUAAUUGCCCUGCAGUGGAGCAGCUCACACUUCAGGCAGUGCCAAGAAAUACAACAGGGAAGGAAUCCUGCACAGGUAACAGGAUGGCAUGGUGUUACCUUAGACACGUAGGGAUUCAGAAACCUCAGUGGAAUGAAAUGGGCCUGGGGUAUUCUCCCUUUGGUGCCUACCUAGGGACAAGCCUCUUUGACCUGGCCCAGACUGUGGGCAGCUUAUGUAUGAUGGCCCUGAGUCCUGAAGGUGAAGCUAGUCACUUUCUCUAAGUGGACAGUCAACCCCAGAGGCAGUUCUAAAGAGGAGAGCCUCAGGUGUCCACAACAAUUUCGUUUCUGUUCUGGGGCACCAAGAGGCACCCUGAGAACUCAGAGGACCCAGAGGCUCCCCUCAAGCAAAUUCCCUGCUGACCCUGGACACCCCUUGAAAGAGGGGACAAGAGGCUGCCUCCAGCAAGGACUCCCAGCAAGGACUUCCAGCAAACAAGUUCAGCUUGGGCUCUGCCUACCACUAAGCCUUUAUGAGGGUGGGGGGAGGCAGAGUCCCUGAACAGGGCAGAGAUAAUCAGUUGUUCCCCUUUCUGGUGUCAGAGGCAAAGAAGCCUGAAGGGCUGGCGGUGGUGCUGGCUCUGGGUUUAUUGACUCUGUGAUCCUGUCCAGCUGUCCUACAGGGAGUUCCAGAGCUCUCUCAAAGUGCAUGGGGAACUGCAUAAGUAGGACUGGGGCACAAUACCAGAAGCUAUUUGUCUCCUAGAACCUGGCACCCGCUCCACUUACCUUAUAGGAGACCCACAUCACUCAGUUCCCAGGACACCUGGUGGGAGAGUCUGGUGAGAGUUGGAGGCAAGCUUCCUCUACUUACAACUUGUUUAAAAAUGGACAUAAAGAGGAGAACAGACACUCCAUCGCCCAUACAGGGCCUCUUUUGUGUCCCCUCCCAGGGCACCCUUGCCACUCCCCUAGGUGGACCUACACAUUGUUCAGUACCUGUCCCCUGUCCCCAAAUAAAUAUGAGUUUAUUUCUUUAAAAGAAAUAUUACAGCUUUAAACUCUUCCCAGCCAGAAUCCACUUAAUUUCAUCAAGGUCUCUUGCCAGCAGCCAUAAUCCAGGCCAAAGAGGCUUGUACCUAGGGAGGCACCAAGGGGAGAAUACCCCAGGCCCAUUUCAUUCCACUGAGGUUUUUGAACCUCUCGGUGUCUAAGGUAAUACCACCACCAUCCCCACCUGUUUUCACUUCUUUCUUUGUGUCUUAAGGUUGCAUUUUAGGAGGGUUUAUAUAAUGUUGUUCAUGUCAGCAGCCCCACCCUCACCCCACGGCCCUAUAUGGAAUUAUAGUUGGAAAGCACACACACAUAGAAAAUCUUUGAAGUUUUUUUUCUGCUAUUCUUCCUGACUAGAAGAGUUGACAAGACAUAGACACAUUAAGUUGCAUAAAAUACAGUAGCGUGAUCAGCCUAAAUGCAUCUCAUUUGCACUGUUUGUAGCCAGGGGUGGGGGCUUGUGUCACUCAUUGCCUCACCCUCCUCCCCCGAAGCCAGACCAGCCGGCUGGAAUUUCAGAGCAGGCCCCAGGGCAGCAGCCAUUAGGGAGGUGGAAGCCCUAGCCCACCAGGUCAGCGGGGGUAGGGGGUGGAUAGGGAAGUUGUCUGGAGGUCUGGCCUGAGGGCUUGAACCAGCUUUGGCAGACCUGGGCUCUGGGAGGCUUGGCCGGUGGGUGCCCGCGGCUGGAAGUUGCAGGUCUGCAGCCAUGCUUCUGAGCUUCUCCUGGGCUGAGUUCAAGAAAGGGGACACCAAGAAGUAGGGGAACAGUCACUGACUAUAUUUUACAUCCACGCCUACCCCUUUCCCAGAGUUGUGUUCUCACCACCCACUUUGUCGGCGGACGAGAAACACUCCUGCCUGAUGGGUUCCUGCACCUGCUCCUAGACCUGAACUCGGGCCCUGAGCUCCUCACUGCCGCCUGCUCUGCACUGAGCCCCACUCCUGAGACCGCGAGGUACCAGAACAGCGCCUCUCCCACCAACUCCUAGACGCCUGUAGGACCUGCGCAGGAGCCUUCAGAAUCCCGUGGGGAUGUGGGGGUGAAGUUGGAGGUCAUUCGAGUGAUUUUUUCUUACUUUUUCCCAAUUGUUCUCCUGCAUUGAUUUCAACUCUUCCAGUCUCCCGGUGCUGGGGCGUCAAUCCUUUCCCACCAAUUCCUAUCCAUCAGCUGGAGGUCGGGGCCCAGGGUCGCCCCAGGAUUCUAUGGCGGCAAGGGGCGCCGAGCAGAGGGGCGGGAGGAGCUGGGUCCUCGGGAACCAAAGGGGACCUCAGCGGGGGCGGAGUGCGCAGCCUUGGCUGCUGGGAAAUGCCCAACUAGCCGCUGUGAGUGCUCACAGCUUGUCGUGGGGGCGUCCGUUCUGCAGCUCAGGUGACUCAGACGCCCCGCCAGCCCCACCAGCUCCCGGCUUCUCGAACGCUCUUCUGCUCGCCCAGCGGGGAAACUUCAGGGCCUGCCUCGUCAGGCCAGAUUGCAGCCCGCGACCUUCCCGGAUUAACCAAGGGCGAGGCAUGUUGCCCAGCAAGGCUGCCGCGUAACUGAGCCUCCCGGGGAACAGCCAUGACCAAAGACCCGCGGGCCCAGGCGCGGGCACCUACCCUUACCCGCGCAGGCCUGUGGGAGCGCAGGGGCCGAGGCCGAGACGCUGGACAUCCAGCCCCACACCUCUGACGACCCAGGCACAUCUGCGGAGCCCGGGAGAACAAUCAGCGGGCUCUGCGUCCCGGGAGCUGGGGACACGCCUGCAAGGUGUGUGAUCUUUUAAAGAUCCUUAGUACUAGUUUUGCAGGAAGCCUUUGUUAUAGCCUUGUCAGCCUGCGCGCUUUCAGCAGCUCCCCCUCCCGGACCCCUCGGUUCCCUCCCGGCUCGCCCCCAGCGGAGAGGGCCUGGCGCAGGGGAUCUGCCCAGGAUCAACGGCCCUCUUUCAGCUCCCCUUCUGCAAGGCUCUUUUCCGUUGGUGACAAUCUCCCCUCCGUGCCUGGGGCAGAUAAGCACGGUUAGCCCCGCCUGCAGUAUUGGGGCGAUGCUGUCCUGGAAGAACCGGCUUUCUGAAUGUGACCUCGGGAUGCUGCAGCGGCGCAAUACUGCUACUGCUGAAUGAGUAGCUCUCCUGCCACCGCAGGGCGACUGCGGUGGGCACAGCAGGGCGCACAGAGGAGGGGGUAACCUGCCCGCCCAGGCUAAGGAUUUGAGGGUUCUGACAAAAAGAGCUGGUUGAGGAUGACACAGUCGUGAACUAACCUGGCUCCUACUGCCCCACAAGACAGCCAGGUCCCAGUAGUCUUGGGUAUCACUGCCCCCACCACACCACCAUUGUAAAGUAUGGACUCCUGCUUAGCCAAGGUGCAGCUCUAGGCAGGAUCUCUGAAGGAUGCUGUGGCACACGGAGGGUGGAGGUAUAACUUUACCUGCACACAAGCUUACAUGUGCCCUGUCAUAUAUGGCUACACGUUUCCCCAUUUCCCCACAGUCUUUCUAUUUAACCUGUCUUCAUUCCUUCUUUCUAGGGCUUUCCGCCUGCACACAGUCAUUUGGAGAAAAUCAAGUGAGUGCACCUCUCCCCACAGAGGAUUCUGUAUGUUAUGUAACACACUCACACUGGGAUUCCUCAAGUUACCAUUUUGCCCCAAAUGAGCCAGCACUUGGUUUUCUGGCGGGGGUGUCAGGAUGAUGCAAAUGGAGGUGGAACCCUCAUUCCCUGGGGGCUUUUAUUCCCCUCCUUGAAGCCCCAGUUCAAGGCCCAGGAACAAAGGGGAAAGGUAACUGAUCUCUCUUUUGGUCUUUCUCUCCCCUCACUUCCACCCCCUCACCUGCAGUCCCUCCUCUUUGAUAAAUAGAGGAAAGCCCUUGGGAUCAGGUACAUAUGUAAAUACUGCUGACCUUGGCCGCCCCUCCUCACUGAAAAGCAGAAAGCCCGUUUCAGGUGCAGGCUGCUCUGUGCCUCUGAGUGUCCACCACUUCUACUCCCCCAGACUGUGUGGGACUCAAGGUUGCUCACUUAACAUCCCUCUCUUGUUAAAAACAUUCAGGACAACUAUUAAAUAGUUCUUGGAAGAGUUAAAGACCUUCUUUCAGGAGGGAAACGUUUUUAAAGCCCUGCUUGGCAGAAAUCUUUAAGGCGUACAAAGUCGAAUCAGUAGGCUUGCCUGAGCGAUUUUGAAAUUUGAAAGAUUUCUCCCCAUGAAAUGGUAAUUUAAAAUAGUUCGUAGAUGUUGUUUUGUUCUACGAUGGUUUUUUCACUAUUGUCACCUAAAGAUUCUCAAGACUAAGCUACUAAGACAUUUCUUUUCAUUUGGUCAGUUUCUGGGUGAUACUAUCCUUUCUGAUUAGACCUAUUUAAUUUAUUUUUUAACUCUGCAGGAGAGUAUUCAACCUUGGAAAUGUAAGUGAAACAGACUCACCCUCCUUCUGAGACCUUGAUAGGGGCAGAAAGGAACAAAUCUGGCUAGCCCCACUCACACCUCAAAGUUUCCCUGUCUAAACCUGGAUACAGUGAGGGUGGUGGGUUUUGACACCGUUUAUUUUAUUGCUGGCUCAAGGAAAAUUCUUUGAAAUGAACACCUAUUCUAUUUCAGUGUGCAAUGUUCCAGCCGACUCAAUGGGCUUGCCUUAUGCGGAGAGGCAGUCCUGGAGGACAGAGUUAAUGGGUGGCCUCCCAGGAAGCUCAUCAGAACACCUCUUGUUCCUUUUCUUUAAAAGAAAAAAAAUUUUUUAAAAGUUUUUGCUUCCCUCUCAAUGUUCAUUCCAUUAUUUUGUAGCUACAAUAAUGAAACAUGGGCAGCAGUGAUCAUUCUUUUUGUACUAUGUAAUCAUGUCUAGUGCUGGGACCUUACAAAGCCCCAGACAUACCUCAGGUGUAUUCUGCACUUUUCAUAUUUAUUCACUGCUCAUUGGGUCACACAGAUAAUUCACACUUGAUUCCACCUUCCUCUGGACAACUCUCCCUCCAACAACACCCCUCUAUCAACUUAUAGGGAAAGGGGAUUCCCUUAGAGAAAACUUCUUGAAUUAAAAACCAGACUCAGUUUCACCAGGUAACUGAUCCUGGCCAUACCGGUGACUAGGAAGUCAUCACCUAACACUCUACCUAGAUAUAAACUCUCGGGAAGGGGCAGGCUGGUGGGCACAUUUCCACAGACAUUUCUAAAACUGUGGCAACUGAAUACAUUUUACAGAUACAAUUUUCGUAUAUUCCCAUCCAGCUUAAGGCAUUUAAAAUGCAAUUUUGUUCACAUGCACUUGCGUGCACACAUACACCACACGCACUUGUCAACUAGGGGGAUAUUACCAACCCAUUUCCACUGGGCAAUUCUGGUGACAGCAACUACAACUAAGAAACUUCUUUUCUGAGGAGUAAAAAAGAAAACAAAAGCCUCUCUAUUUUAAAAGGUUAUUUUAUAUUGUUUAGCAUUCUUUCAAAGCAGGAAUUGGCUGGACACUUCUGCUCCCUUUUCAAAGAACAGGUAAACUAUUCUCCUACCCACCCCCUCCCCAAGACCCAAGCCAUUUUUAAAAGCUAAAAUUUCUGUUUCCAAAGGAAGAAAAAGGAACAAAUUCCAUUAAUGAAUUACAUACAUGGAAUGUGGCUUGUCUAGGACAUUUGUAUUUGUAAAUAAAUGGCUCCCUGUUUAUUAUGUAUGUUUUACUGCAAGAAAAAAAAAAAAGAACUCUAAUGCCUCUGAGCAUGUUAUAAUACAUCAAGUAUUUCCACUUAUGGUUUAAGUUCCACUGUUUCUUGGUACUCACUAGAAAGAAAUCGGGUUAAAUGGAGUCAGUUGUGGGGUUUAAAAGUCCAGGCUGACUUGGGGACGCGGCACCUCUAAAGUUCUCCUGUUUGCCAAAGUGAGGGGGGAAGGGGAAAUGGCUCCCCAGGAAUCUUAUGGGGAUUCAUCUGGGGUUUCGUCUUUGUCCCUGGAUCUUUCUAAGGCUGACCACUGCCUCCGUUUGCAGCUUCAGAAGCGAAGCCGGCGUGCGAUCUCCUUGGCGAGAGGACUGGGCACAGUCCCUGCCUUGCCCUGCUGCCGGAGCCCGCACACCGCGGUCUCAGGAUUUCCCCGUAGGCCUAGGCCUGCAGUCCUCGGGCGGAGACGGGGCCUGGGGGAGUGACCGUCACCGGGCCAGGCACAGGCAGUCUACCCCGGUGCCUGUAGGGUGCUCGAGUAUCCCACACGCAGGAAGCGGAGGCGUGGGCCAAGCGCCGGGGGCUACCCAAGAACUCCACCGCCCAGUGAGACGCGCAGGGCCUGGCGGCGCGAAACUUCCACAAAGCAGCCGGCCGCCUCCGGCCUUGCCUCCGCUCCGCAAUCCCAGCUGCCUAGACCUCGGUGUCUUCCCAAACAAUGAGCCCAGCCAGUGCACUAGACUGUUCCGCUCUGACUUCUUCUGCCCGCACAUGGGGACCCCAGCGAAAGGUUACGGGUGGGACCAGUCUGCGCAUUUCCUUCCAUGCGGCGCAUCCUUCGGGAAGACAAACAGAGUACGUCCCCCACAUCAAUUUCAGGCCCUGGUCUGUGGGCUGGGCCACAGUCCUGGAAGACCCAAGGGGUCACGGGUCCAGAUCCGUCUUUACUUGGUCCUCCGCUCCAGGACUCCAGGGCCCUGGGCAGCAGAGAGGUGGAUUUCAGAGAGAAUCCGUGUCAGCCAGGCCUUGAACUCAGCCCCUCUGAACUCCACCGUCAGCAGCGGGGGCGGCAACUCAACUCUCCCGGGAGGAGGAUGCACCCCCAGAACGGAAAAUCCGCAAACGUCGUGCAGAGACCCACAAGCAUUUCUACCUUUCUUUCCACAAGCCCCCCAGAAAGUUAUCGCCAGAACCUCUGGGACCUGAGCCGACUCCAGCCUCCAGCAACUCCCUCAAUCUUCCAAGGAAACUUUCAGAAGUUUCCCUUUCCCUGGCUCCUCAAUUCCUUGGACUUUCUCCAGCCCCCAGGUUUGCUCAUUACUCUGCUGACUGCCCUUUAGUCUCUAGGGUUCCCCUGGCCUGAGUGUUUCCAGAAUAAUAAUAAUAAUAAUUGUUAUUACGAGGCUGGGGAAGAACAGGAUCAGAGGGUAGGAGGGACUGAGGGAGAGAGUGGAAAUGUUUAUGAAAAGGUUUAUUUAAACCUGUGUUUCAAAAGGGUUCAGUUGACAAUUAUCAGUAACCCCGAUACGACAACUCCAUUAAAAAAAAAAAGAAUUUACUACUGCUCUUGAAAGCCGUUAUUUUUUACAUCGCUUUUUAGGAAGAUAGAUGAACAAAACAUCGCGUUUCAAGCCAUUUUGAUCUGUAAUUGAAAGGCAGGAUCGGUUUGUAUUCUCCUACGGCUUUUACAGAAGUUGCAGUGAUCCAAAGUCGGGUUGCUGUGUCAGAGUGGCAUUUUUAUUAAUGAGAAUACAAAAAGCUUGCAUAUUCUUAGCCCUGCUUGAAUUUAGUUGCUAAGCAACCGGUGUAUGGUAAUUCAUCCGCGAAAUUUAAAUCUUUGAGAAAGGUUCGUGCGUUUUGCUGAAUGGUCGCCACGAGGAAAACAACUUGUGGGACCCGCAGCAGCUGCCACAGUCUGGCCGCCCGGCCGUGCCGGGCCGAGCAGGGACCCGGCCGCCCCACCGCGACCGCCACCGCCCCACCUCCGCGCCCAGCCCUGCCCUCCCUCCCGGAGAGAAGCGAGCUUUGGACGCCCGGCUGCCUCGGGUCCCCCUCCCCCUCCGCCUCUUCUGAUCCCGGGUUUUCACCGGAGGCAGGCCUUCCACCUGACCCAGUCGCCUGUACCCCUAGGGCUUCGGGGUCCAGACUGCGAAUUUCCGCAUUCCCCUCCGCUCACGCGCACCCACAUGCACACGGCACGCGCGCGCACACACCAGCGCACACAUCGUGCCGCCACGAGAAUGACUGUUGCCCUCUUCCCAGACCCCUCUGAGGUCACUUCCAGAGCCAACUCUUCCUUGAGGAAGACCGGACUCAUCAAGAACGCAGCCCACAGCCCGCCAGAAGGCCAGGCGGCCGCCUCUGGCCGGCAGUGACAUCAUAGGCUCCUGCUCGCCAAGCUCGCGCCCACAUUUUAGGAUACAGGAACAAACACGGAUGUGAAAUCAAGAAUGAAAGAGAGAGUAAUCUAAUUAAUAGGCCAUGAGCCAGGCUAACAAAAUCAAAGAAUCUGAUUACACAAGUACCCAUCCUGCUAUCUCCGCUGCCCCCACCCCCAGCUCCUCCAGCCUGAGCACUAUUUCCUUUCCUAGGCUACAAAGUUCAGGAUGCAAACGCAGAGCCCUCUGCUUUCCUUAUUGAAAUCAAUGUCAAGCCUGCCAUGGGGAUCCCGCACCCAGGAGGUCACAUGGGUGAACUUCAGGCCCUCAGACCAGCAGCCCUGAGGAGCUGAGAUGACCAACUGACCUAUAGAACUUGGAGAGCCUGAGGGGUUGCCUCACACUUCUCAAAUGCAUCACUCUUAACAACAGCAGCAGCAGCAACAACAACAACAACAACAACAACACCUGUGCUGAUUGCUUAUGCUGUUAGUAGCUGGACUAGGACAAAGGGCUUCUCCACUCACAGUCAUUUUAUGGAUCAUCUAAAGUUUUUUCUUCAGUAUAGCACAACUCUUCUUUUUUCACAUCACCUUGCUUCUGAGUCACCGCAAACUCCCAACUCUUAUUACAACUCCCUUUCCCAACAUAGAUGUCUGAGCGCAGUCAGGUAUUAGGAUAUCACUGAAACACAGCAUCUGCUCUAAUCGUUGCAGCCAGCCACGUGCAUUUCAUGAAAGAAGCAAAUUCUUUCAUUUCUGUCUUUCUGCCUUAAAAAAACAAUCAGGUCCACCUUUUAAAUAAUUAAUUUCAAGUCUGCAUCCAGUGCCAAUACUUGUUGCAUCCAUUUUAGAGUUGAUUAAUUACCCUGGAACUUGGGCAAACUACACUCCAUGUGGAGAGAAUGUUUCUUCCUUCAAUUUAGUACUGAAAGCUACAAGUUAUUAAUGGAUUUUACUCAAUUUACAUACAAAUUAGUGCAAAUAUGCCCAUCUCUUAAAGUACAUUUUUGUAUAAAUAUAUAAAAGUAUCAUUUUUGAUUUAGCUUGAAGAGGUUGAUCAUUUAUUACAAAAAUAAACGAAUAAAUACAACAAUAUAUUGUUGCUUUCAACAGGAUAAAUACUUUACAAAUAUAUAAUUUAAAAAACAAAUUUAAUUGUUAAAAUUAUUUAAAAUAUUACACUUAUCGAUAAAACUAUCAAUAGUAUAUACUGCAUUUAAUAUUAGAACCAAUUAUUCUCUGAAUGUUCAAAACCAUUCAUACAAAACAGAUUAUGAGCAUGGUCAUGAGCAAACACUGGAGGCUACAGGGCAGCAGAGGCAAUCGCUAAGAUCAAUAAUGAACAGUUCUACCUGGAACAAAGAAGUAGUCCUUGGCUAAGUACUAAAAAAAAAAAAAAAAAAAAAAAAUUCAGAGCAA